UGCCGAUCCCUUCCGGUCAUCGUCCGACAACUGGCAAGCCGUUCAAGUUCCGCUCUCCACCAACUUUUACUUUGUGCGUACUUCAUGCUCUACAAACUUCCUCAAAGACAGCAAAUUAUAAUUAUGUUAAAAGUUUAGAACCAAGUUUAUUCUAUAGUAUAAUGUACUUGCGACCUCACAAAGUGAACUCAGAAGGCAGGCGAUUAUCGGCUCCAAAAGUCGAAGCGGCGUUCCAAGCUCAUGGACAAAGUGGGCAUCGUUUUGCAAAGAAGACYUUCACUAGACCUACCUACUGUCAUCACUGUACAGAAUUACUUUGGGGCUUUACGAAUCAAGGCUUCAUUUGUGAAGUUUGCAAUUUUACAUCCCAUGAUAGAUGUCUUUCCACUGUUGUUACUCCAUGCAUUUCCAUAGCAACCAGUCUUAUCACUAGUCCUGUCGAGCAYACCUGGGGAGGAGUAUCAUUUUAUAGAAAGAAAUACUGUAGUGUUUGUAGAAAAAGACUAGAAGACAACCCAGCAAUAAGAUGUCAAGUUUGUGAAUAUUUUAUUCAUGAGAUGUGUAAAGAUUUCAGUAUUGAUGACUGUAAACAGUCCUCUACUUACAUUCCACAUUUAGAUAAAUUAUCAGUUAAACACAGUCAUCACUGGCGAGAGGGUAAUCUGCCAGCCAGUGCGAAAUGUGUUCACUGUAAAAGAACUUGUGGUACAAUGGAAUGCUUUGCUAGUUAUCGAUGUAGCUGGUGUGCCUCAACUGCACACAGCAGCUGUAAAGAACUUCUUCCCAAGGAAUGUCAAUUUGGUUACAUCAAGAGGCUAACCUUACCUCCUGCCUGUGUUGAAAUAGCUGAUAUUAAACUAUGGUGUUCCUGGAGAAAAGGUCUGGAUAGUGUAAGUAAAGAUAAUAAARGUAAUGAGUUGAUCACCGAUGGAAGAGAAAAUUCAACAAGCAUGUCAGAACGUUCAGAAAAAGAAUUCACCCGUGUCAAUGUCUAUGAUGGAAACCUUAAUGAACCCCAGACAAGGAAAAGUGUUAUUGUACCAAGAACAGCUCAUGUUAAGGAUAUUUUGAGUGAAUCAUUGAAAAAGUUUUGCAUCAAYGAUAUACCUGAUAACUACUACUUGGCGAAAGCUGUAGAUCAAGAAAAAGAGCGGCMAUUAGAUUCAGAAGAAAUGCCUGUCCAAUUCCCAGAAAGUGAAGAGAGGCCAUUGUUUUUUCUUAGAAAUAAGAGAAUUGAUAGAGGAAAAGGAUACAUCAGAAUAUAUGCUGGCAKGGAGCUGAAUGCAUCAGUAGCAUUUAAAACUGUGUUAGUUAGAGCUAGUACUACUGUCGGUGAUGUCAUCAAUAUGGCUUUACAGAAGUUUGAUAUACAGGAUGGUGUUAUAGAUGACUAUGUUUUGACUGAAACGAAUCUAUUUGCUGGAUUACAAGAAAGAUGUAUGCAARAUCAUGAAAGUCCCUGGAAAUGUUUAACUGAUAUAAAGAAGAAAUCCCUUGAGCUGUUCAAGUUCAUCCGUUUCUACCUUCGUCGCAAGCCAGAUCCYACAAGYGAAUGUUGUUUAUGUAUUGGUAAUUUACCAACAUGUCUGGACAAGCAGCAAUACCAGACAUUACUGGAUGAAACAUUGCAACAAGGGUGUCUAAAUGUUGAAUAUAUUCACUCUAGCUCAGGUAUGCUAUUUGCUACACUUGCUCCUGUGGAUCUUGCUGAACACAUUAURGAGACCUUGAAASAGAAACCAGUCAGCGGUAAAGACGUGUUUGUCAAACUACURCCGACUUUACAUUCAGAAAUAAUUCCCAAUGACAGUCAGCCAUUGCUAGUGUUUGUCAAUCCUAAGAGUGGUGGAGGCCAAGGAGAUGACAUCAUGUCUGCAUUUCAACGUUUAUUCAACCCUCACCAAGUUUUCAAUCUGUUGGACGGUGGACCAUUACCAGGUCUCUACACAUUUAAAGACCUUGAGAAGUUUCGAAUUCUUAUCUGUGGUGGAGACGGCACAGUGGGAUGGGUUCUAUCAUGUCUAGAUGAYCUUAGUUUAUUAAUUAAGUGUAAAAAGCCACCUUCAGCUAUUGUACCACUUGGAACAGGAAAUGACCUUUCGAGGGUAUUAAACUGGGGCGGUGGYUACUCAUCAGGGGACACRCCCUURUCAUUAUUAAUGGCUGUYGAUUCUGCAACYGUUGGUAACCUUGAUCGCUGGCUUGUUAUGUUUGACUCUCCUUCAMUUGAUGACAAAGAAGAAGAAGAUGAACCUAAUAUGUUUAUAAUGAAUAAUUAUUUUGGUAUCGGUAUUGAUGCUGAYCUCAGUCUGGACUUCCACUUAAAAAGAGAGGAAUCACCUGAAAAGUUUACAAGCAGGCUUCAUAACAAAGGGGUGUACUUCAGAGCAGGUCUCAGGAAGAUGGCAAAAAGAUCUUCUCAUGAUAUUUCCACUGAAAUAGAUAUAGAGGUUGAUGGUGAAAAGAUUAAUUUACCUUCACUGGAAGGCCUAGUGAUAUUAAAUAUCAGCAGCUGGGCAGCUGGUGCUGAUUUGUGGGGCCCUGAUAAAGAUGACACACAAUUCCAACCAUGUUCACACAGUGAUGGACUAGUAGAGGUAGUGGGACUAACAGGRAUCAUGCAGAUGGGUCAAAUUCAAAGUGGAAUAAGAUCAGGGAUCAAGAUUGCACAAGGUUGUCAGAUUAAUAUAAAACUAAAGAGUGAUUUACCUGUUCAUAUUGACGGAGAGCCUUGGAUGCAGACAGCAGGACAGAUUAUCAUACGACCAUCACUCUUACAGGCUGCAAUGUUAACAAAAAGAAAAGUAAGAACAAAGCAACAUUAUCAACAAGCUGCUACAUCGAGACCAACAUCAGCACCAUUAUCAAGAAGUACAUUUUACUCUACUGGAGAUACUAAACUACACUUCCAACUAGAUAAUGGUGCCUUGUCAAGUUAGCAGCAAGAGAAGUACCAUAAUUUAUUUUUGAAUUUUAGUUUCUGUUGGGCUUCCUGUGUUGCAGGAGGGUGAUACAGGGACCCCAAUGGAAAAGUUAAGAAUUGUGGCCAGAGAGUGGACUGCUAAUACUUUUUUAUCAACAUAUUUCAUACUGUUGUCUAUUGCUAGCUGCAAUAUAUACACAAUUACUUCGCAGCUGUUCCUGAAGGGAUGCGAUCACAUCUCCUUAACCUCUUUGUAUUGAUUGUUUUCAAUCAUUCUCAUGAGAUUCAAAAGAUAAAAGACCGGUGGCCAUGUUGGAGGAAUGAACAAUAGAUACUAAUGAGAAAUCCUUUGUUGAAGUACCUCCAAGAUGGCCGCUGUGACGUAUGGUGAAAACAAAGAAUUAUGCAGUUGCAAUAUAUUUUAUAGCUGGUCUAUAGUUUAGCAACAAUUAACAUUAAUUCUUAACUAAAAUGUGGUGCUCAAUCUGUUGGAUUUUCAUCCUGGCUUAUGAAACUGGGUAAUUCUCUGUUGCUUAUUCCUUGCUAACAGAUAAAACACCCAUGGGAAGGGAAUCUGUUAGAUCUUGAUUCAUCUCUUUCCUGGACAGGCAAUUUAAUUCCUUGAUAAGUGUUUUGUUGAUUCCAGGAAGCCUUUCUACCAGUCAUUUAACCCAUUGUAUACCAUAAAUAUUUUGAUAUUCAUUGGUGGACCCAUAGCAUGUCAACCAAUCAGAAAAGAGAUGAAUUUUGACUGUAUGUUGCAUACUGUAUGUUGCAUACUGUAUGUUCCAGUGGACUCAGGGGUGUUAUUUCUGGUAGUAUGGAAGGAAUUACAUAACAUUAUCCCCGAGUCCCUUAGGAUGCAUGAUCUUGUUAUAAUCUAAAAUAAUGUACAUAAUUCAUUAGAUAAUGUAUUUAUCUUAUACAAGCAGAAAUAAUUUUAUAUCAUUCAUACAAAAUUUUGUAUAUAUUAACAUAGUUGUCUACAUUGUAUAGUAUGGAUUUACAUCUUGUUAAUAAAAUUAGUUUUAUCGACUAGAUAAAUAUUAUAUUUUCAACUAUAAACCAAGUUCAAGAUGUCCCUUGAACUUAAAUGUCUGGAUGUUCUACUAGUGUUUUUUUAGCUAUCAUAAACAUGAUUUAUUUUUGCCUAGAAAUCCAUACUUUAAUAUGAAAUAUACCUACACAGUCAUGUAGUUUUAUAAGUUGCAUACUUUAAGUUGCUUGUUAUGAAGUAAAUGCACAAGCAAAUAAUGACAGUGUAACCUCCUUAAUUGCCACUGUGUUGCCUAAGCAAUUUUGAUUCCUUGUUUAACCUCUGCUCAUUUUCUCCUAACUCCUAAGAAACAUCAAUCUUCAUGCGAGUACAUUGGAU